AUGUCGAAAGACAAGACUUUUUGUGUGGUUGUUUUUGUUCUUCUCUCCAUCAUAGGAUAUGUUUUUGCCGUUGAAAACGACCAGGAAAAGAAACAUUUCAUUAUUUUCCUUAAAAAUAAUGAAAUUGCUUUGAACAAUGAAGUCGAUGCAGCAGAAACACAUCUCAAUGUUCUCAAAACAGUGAAAGAAAGCCAUGUCGAUGCAAAGGAAUCAAUGGUCCACAGCUACACAAAAAGCCUCAAUGCCUUUGCUGCCUCGCUUACCGGAGAGGAAGCCCAAAAACUAGCAAAGAUGGGAGAAGUGCAUUCAGUGAUCCCAAACACAUAUAGAAAGCUACAGACAACAAGAUCAUGGGACUUCAUUGGGUUGCCUUCCAAUGCAACAAGACAUCCCCAACACGAGAGUAAUAUUAUUGUGGGUGUAUUUGAUACUGGGAUCACUCCAACGGCGGAGAGCUUCAAAGAUAAUGGAUUUGGUCCUCCACCAAAAAAAUGGAAAGGCACUUGUCAACACUUUGCAAAUUUCUCUGGCUGCAACAACAAGCUGAUCGGAGCAAGAUAUUUCAAGCUAGACAAGAUCCACGAUCCCAUCGACAUCUUAUCACCGGUAGACGUUAACGGCCACGGUACGCACACGGCCUCAACAGCGGCAGGCAAUGCAGUUCCUGGCGCCAACCUGUUCGGGCUAGCCGAAGGAACAGCACGUGGUGCCGUGCCCUCGGCCAGAAUCGCCAUAUACAAAGUCUGCUGGGCCAGCAGGGGGUGCGCUGAUAUGGAUAUGCUGGCUGCCUUCGAUGCAGCCAUACGUGAUGGUGUCCAUAUCAUCUCGGUAUCGGUUGGUGAAGGUGGCUUUGGCAAUUACGCUGAGGACGCUGUCUCCAUUGGCGCGUUUCAUGCCAUGAAGAACGGCAUUGUCACCGUGGCUGCUGCGGGCAACAACGGCCCGGCCACGGGCAGCGUUAUCAACCACGCGCCGUGGAUCUUAACGGUAGGAGCCAGUUGGACCGAUAGAACAUUUACCAGCAGAGUGGAGUUGGGCAAUGGGAAGAGCAUCUCUGGGAUGGGAAUAAACACAUUCAACCCGAGGCAAAAAAUGUUCCCUCUAGUGGACGGAGCGGAUGUGGCGAGUAACAACCCACAAGCCAGAGGCGGCGCGAGCAUUUGCGCAGAGGGCUCACUUGAUCCAGCAAAGGUGAAAGGGCACCUUGUGUUGUGCAGAAUGAUCACUUGGGGCUCUGAUUCUGUGGUCAAAUCAGCUGGUGCUGAUGGAACCAUUCUUCAAAGUGAUCAGUUUCUUGACCAUCCUCAUCUCUACAUGACCUCAGCCACCAUGGUUAGUACUUCUGAUGGUGCUUCUAUUGACGCCUAUAUCAGGUCCACAAGGACACCAACGGCAGUGAUAUACAAAUCUACUGAAGUGAAAACACCAGCUCCACUGGUGGCUUCCUUCUCAUCCAGAGGCCCAAACCCAGGCUCCACCCGAAUUCUAAAGCCCGACAUUGUAGCUCCAGGAGUGAACAUAUUGGCCACGUUCACGCCCCUGAAGUCUCUUACGGGUCUGAAGGGAGACACCCAAUUCUCCAAAUUCACGAUCGAGUCCGGCACUUCCAUGGCGUGCCCUCACGCCGCCGGAGCGGCAGCCUAUGUAAAGUCUUUCCACCCCGAUUGGUCUCCUGCCGCCAUUAGAUCCGCCCUCAUCACCACUGCGACGCCGAUCAGUCGACGAAUGAACGCAGAAGGAGAAUUCGCAUACGGUGCUGGAAACCUAAAUCCAGAAAGGGCAGUAAAUCCAGGCCUAAUCUACGAUGACGACGAGAUGUCCUACGUUAAACUCCUCUGCAGCGAACGGUACAGCCAAUCGUCAAUUGCCACCCUCACUGGACCCAAGCCCGUAAACUGCGCAUCUCUAAUGCAUGGACUUAGCCACGACUCGCUCAACUAUCCAACCAUUCAACUUAGUCUCCAAAACACUCGAACCACGACGGUUGCUGAGUUCCAGCGGCAAGUUACCAAUGUCGGCCAUGCCGUCUCCGUCUACCACGCCAUUGUCAGCGCUCCCCCCGGGGUGGAGAUCACGGUGUCUCCGACGACUCUGUCCUUCACGCACGUGCUGCAGAAACUUACGUUCAAGGUCGUUGUGGAGGCGGGACCGUUGCCGCCGGGGAAAAUGGAGUCUGGAUUGCUGACUUGGAAAACUGCCGGCCACGUGGUCAGAAGCCCAAUCGUUGUUUACAGUCCCUCCUCGUGAGAACGGACAACAUGUAGAAACUGUGUUUGUACAUAAUGCUUUUAUUAUUAAGAACUUAUAUGUUGUGGCAUAAU